AUGUCCAUCCAGGAUGAAACUCUGGCUUUUCUCAUGGCCCGUCUCCCACUGAAGUGGAUGGCUCCAGAAAGCAUCUUCGACAAGGUCUACACUACCCAGAGUGAUGUCUGGUCUUUUGGGGUCCUUCUCUGGGAAAUCUUCUCACUAGGGGCAUCUCCAUAUCCUGGAGUCCAGAUCAAUGAGGAGUUCUGCCAGAGGCUCAAAGAUGGUACCAGGAUGAGAGCCCCAGAGUAUGCCACAGCAGAGAUCUACCGUAUAAUGCUGAGUUGCUGGCACGGUGACCCCAAGGAGAGACCGACUUUCUCUGACCUUGUGGAGAUACUGGGGAACCUUCUUCAGGAAAACGUCCAGCAGGAAGGGAAAGAUUACAUCCCGCUGAAUGACUCUCACAGCUCAGAAGAUGACGGUUUCUCCCAGGUGCCUUCCUCUGCCCAGCAAAACUCAGAUGAAGAGGACUUUGACAUGAGGAUACGCUGCCACAGCCUAGCAGCAAGAUACUACAACUGCGUUUCGUUCCCUGGUUGUUUGACGGGAGGAAAUCAGAUCAGGUGUCCAUCCAGGAUAAAGACAUUUGAAGAGUUUCCCAUGACACACACAAUGUACAAAGCACACCCGGACAAUCAGACAGACAGUGGGAUGGUUCUGGCAUCUGAGGAAUUUGAGAGGAUAGAAAACCGACACAGAAAAGAAGGUGGAUUCAGCAGUAAAGGGCCCAGUCGAACCUUGGAGCUGUCAGGGGAACAGUCAGACCUGCGGGGCAGAUGUCGGCCAUCGUACGGGUCCCAAGUCGGAGGCCAGACUUUUUACAACAGUGAAUAUGGGGAGCUGUCGGAACACUCUGAGGAUGGCAGCUGCACCCCACCUGGAGAGGGGGCCAGUCCCCCCACUCUCCACACUUCCUUCUUUUCUGAGCAGUACUAACGGCACCAGGCCCUGGAGGCCAAGGUCCUCCAGGCACGGCAUCAGGGUCACUCAGAGCUUCUCCUUCAACCUAUGCCCAAAACCAACAGGGAACCUACCCCAAACAGAUGGGGAACACUGAUGUCCUUGGAACCACAGCAUGAACCACGCAGCACCUCCAGCUGCAGCUUCCCUGUGCCACGACUGGAGAGAGCACCUCACUGAUUCCUCAUGUUUCUUUUAUUCCUGCACCUCAGACAGAUGCAUUCUGCCAGAGAGUGGGUGCCUGUGCUCAGCACUAUGGCACCUUCUGCCUAACAUCCAGCCUCCGCUCAGAUCGGAUUCCCAUUCAGAAAGCCCAUUUCAGGUCAGAUAUAAAUAGAUCUGCCUUAGUCUCAAGUUUCUUCCUGGUGUGCAGCCUGAAUGUUUUUCCUUGGAUUGCUUCCUCCUCCCCUCAUCAUGAUGUCAGCUGCUGAGCUGUGGAGCAGAAUCAAAGGGAAGAAAUCCCUAGUGGUAUUAACAACAAGAGCAGGACAUUUUAAAGAGGUGUACAGAGAGAUCCUGAGGGAUCUUUGUAAAUGUUCAUGCAUGCUGCUCAUCCUGAGUAGGUGCCAGCCUCUCCAUCUCCUCUGCAAGCAAUACCCACACUCCUCUCAUCUCUGCGGGGGGGAAACCUGCCACUCUGCCUUAUCACUAGAAUUAUUUUAGCCAUCUCAACACAGCUAGUGCUGAGUAGGUCAUCAGCUGAUGGCUAAAGUGCUUCCGGUGAGAUAAACAGCAAUUUUUUGCAGGCCUUGUGCAAAACAGGUUCUUUUAUGAUCUCUGCUGGGAGCAGGUUAUUCACAGGUCUGCUGCUUUUGCCUUCCCCUUCUCCCAGAAUGGUGCUGAGAUCAUUUGUUGCUUGAGUGAGAAAUUAAAGCAAAGCUAGGUUAAUUUGAGCUGGCUUCUAAACAUAGAGUUUGCUGGGAGGAAAAAGAUCAAAAGGGCAGGGAGUGAAAUGUUUAUUUUCAAGCUGCUGCAAAGCAUUUUGGAAACAAUGGAAGGAACAGUGCUCCAGCAAUAAGGUGCUCUGGGUUGCAUGCCCUUGUGUGUUGACAUCACUGAACACAUGGAACCCAGCACCUGGCCAGGGUUCAAGCCCUGAUUCUCCUGGAUGGACAGUUCUGCACCACGACCUUUCCUGUCUCCCAAGUUCCCUGAUUCAAAGGAGGCACUCUCUACCCAGCAGAUUCCUCUCCAGUUUAUUUUGCAGAGCUUCCAGCAGAGCAUACCUGAGUCCAGAGGAUUAAGAAAUGUUUAUUUGCUGAGAAAACAUCUCCUCACUUUAGUCUUUGUUUCUAAGGGAUACCACGUGAAUUCAGAGCUCUGGGGAACCUCCGCAGCCCCUCUCUAUAGAUUUCUGUACUGCUGCCUCACCACUUCCCACCUACUUCUUUCUAUCCUGCUCCCAAUCCAAGAGCUCAGCCACAGAGCAUGGUUACAUCACUGCCUCAGGAGUCUGGGUGAAAAGGCUUAUUUGAACAGCUUGUCAUCAUCUCGUCUCCCACAUGCCCAUGGCUGGCAGCGCUCUGUGCACCAGGACAUCUCAGCACCAGGGAAUUACUGCUUGUGGGCCACACCUCUGUCACAGAGCCAAGGGUUUGGACUCAUAAAACUGUGUUUCCUGCCAGAUGUACAGCUUUCCCAAACUGUAUUUCUUUUCCAGCAGAGGGUUUUACGCGUUUCCCGACGUAAGCCUGUGAGUCCUUAUGGAAGAUGUUGCCAAGUCUUAAUUAUAGUUCUCCACACAAGUGUAAUGGGGAGAUUUAUUUAACACAUGGGAAAAGCAUGCCUGUCAUUCAGAUUCUCUAAGCCUGUGCAGCUCGUUCAAUGUUCCACUCCCUUUUUGUGUCAGCAGGAUGACACGGCUGCAAUUUCCAUGGCAAAAGAGAGGCACAAAACUAGACCAGCUUGAGCCAAACUGGCUCAGGAUACGGAGUUGGAAACUGCAUAUGACAAUGAAUUCCCUGACUUCUACUGGUGUCCCCUGAAGCUGCCAGGAAUUUAAGCAUCUUUAAGUAAUUGUUACGACUCAGUAAGAAUCCUCUGGCAGGAGCUGCUGGAGAGCCAGGACAAGGAAGUAGGACAACAAACAGGGUGUAGGCCAGAUCAAAUUCUCCUGCCCUCAUCUUGCCCUCCUUUUUGAACUGGUGGUUCCUUUGGCAGAAGGAAGGCUGCAUGUGACUUGUGUUGCUAGAGGUUUCCACUGGCAUUGAUGGUGAUGACCAGCUGAGUUAAAUUCAGGCUGCUUGCUGGGUGAUGUGCAUCCAUAGGAUCCAGAGUCUCUUACUUCCAUCACUCCAUGAAGAGUUCUCUGCCUGGAAACAGCCCCAUCUGAGACAGGGCGCAAGAAAGAGGACUACAAACAAAAUAAUAGUUAAAAAAACAGAAUUUCAAAGUAGCUGUAAGUCCCUGACCAUAUGUAAGGGAUAGGUAUGUGCCAGCAAAGAAUGACAUUUGCUCGGCAGUGGCAGGAUUCCUCAUCAGAAAGGUGACAGGGGCAUCUUAGUGCCCAGGCUGGUUGUCAGCAUGGACAUCCAGCCAGUACAGCUGCACUUUUUCUCUAAGUUUAGCUGUAAAUUGCUCACAAGCAUCCUUGUGGAGAAGGGUUGUUAAAACCAUUGUUAACGAUCUCCUGCUUCAUCCUGGGGAAAACACUUCUGUGUCAUCUGAUUUUUGAACAUUCAACUCCACAGAAGUUUAUUUUCUCUCUCUUGCACCAUCUAGAUGGGGGGUGGAAUAAGAUCCUAUUGUGUCUGUGUCAACAGCAUUGCAUGAACAAUGCAGCCUGAUCAGAGCAAAAGCUGGCUCCUCUUCAGACACUCCUGCUGAUGAAGAACAACUGUAGUGUGGGAGAUUGAAGAGCUGUUGAGACAAUUGUACUUUUGCUCUCUAAAGGUAUACUUAAAUUAGAUGUGCAAACCUGAUAACCCUUCCCACCCCCUUGAAUUAUUUCUGGCUUUUUAUUUUUACAGUCUCCAGAUAAGCAUGAAGUGAAGCUGGUCUGUUUUGGUUUUAAGAUAUGAGACAGGAAUGUUGUCUAUCUUUCUACAGCAUCAAGGGAGUAUUUCAAUGUUUAAAACCCAGGUUUUGAUACUUGUGCCUGCUUUGUUCACAAUGCAUUCUCUGUUUUGUUUUUUGUUUUGUUUGGGCUUCUUAACGGAACUCAACAUUGAAGCUAAGCUAUUCAUCAUCAUCAUCACCUUCCUUUAAAAUGGCUGCUUCCACUCUAUGCUCAGUCUCUUUCCUUUACAAAGUGUUGGUGUUGAGAGGACAUUCCUCCUUCCUGAAAACAAAGUGUUGGGUCCCCUACUUGCAAAUACAUGUGUCUCUGAAGAAAAAACUGUUUAUCAAGUAACACUACAUUUAUAUUGCAAUAUUUUCGCCUGGUACCUGUUGUUGCUCUAGCAGCAUUCAAUGUUUCAGUGGGCUGCCUUUGAAGCAAGUAGGCUAAAACAGGGGUUAUGUGUGAGUACAAAGCAUGGUCUGUGUGUGUGUGAGCGUGCUGUGGGUGAAUGUGUGGGUAUUUGCAUGUGAGUUUUCCUACCAGUGAGCGUAUGUGAGUGAUUGUAACUCACGUUGAGUCUAGUCUCUGGAAGUUCACGGUUAUAUAUCAAACCAGUUAGAACACUGCUUCCUUUCCUCUCCUACUAUAGUACUUGUUAUCCUUUGUCAUUAAGAGUUUUGUUGUAAUAUCUAAAUGUGAAAAUGAAUAAAGUCAUAA